ACUGACUGGAGAUGUGCAUAUAUUGUCUCUUCUGACCAGUAGACCAGUAGAGCAGCUGAUGGAGUCAGUGGUGAGGACGGUAAACGACAUUCAGACGGCGUUGUUCUCUGCGCGCACGUCGAUCGCCCUGGAGCUGCCGCAGAUCGCUGUUGUCGGUAGUCAGUCAUCCGGCAAAAGCAGUGUGUUGGAGAGCUUAGUUGGUAAGGACUUUCUGCCUCGAGGAUCUGGCAUCGUUACAAGAAGGCCGCUGAUUCUGCAGCUGAUCCGCUCUCCCGAAGUCGCAGAAGAAUUCGGACAGUUCGCCCACACCGGAAACAAGCGGUUGUACGAUUUUUCCAAAAUCAGGGACGAGAUCCAGCGAGACACGGAACGCGUCUGUGGCCCAAACAAGGCCAUCGCCGAUGUACCCAUCAACCUUCGCAUCUAUUCGCCGCACGUCGUCGACCUAACUCUGAUCGACCUCCCUGGCUUGACCAAGGUGCCCGUCGGCGAUCAACCGAAGGAUAUAGAGAGUCAAAUCUUGGAGCUGGUCCUGCGCUACAUCUCCCAGAAGAACUGCUUGAUUUUGGCUGUGUGCCAGGCGAACUCUGACCUUGCCAAUGCAGAGGCGUUGAAGCUCGCUCAGAUGGUGGACAGACAGGGUGAACGGACGAUCGGUGUUUUAACCAAGUUGGACUUGAUGGACGAAGGAACCAAUGCCAGAAGGAUUCUCGAAAAUAAAGUCAUUCCGUUGAAAUAUGGCUACGUCGGCGUGGUGAACCGAUCUCAGAAGGACAUCGAGCAGCAGAAGGAUCUGAAUUCAGCGCUGGCGUCUGAGCAGGCAUUUUUCGACAGUAAGCCACACAUCAUGGCGACACUGCCGUCUUUGCGGCUGAAGCUCGAGGAGCACCUGUGCAGGAUGAACGUUGAGUUGGACGAGUUUUCAGAACUGUACGACAGGCUGGACAUGGACGACGAUCCGGACUGGGAGCUGAAAACGCAAAUGCUGCUGCUGAUACGGUUCACCGACGACUUCCGGGCCGAGCUGCUGGGAAACUCAAGUAAUUUCGUCGACCUGCGCACGGCGUCCUGCGGAUCCAACAUCCUGAACGUCUUCCGCUCGAAGUUCCCGCAGCUGCUGUCGGUAGUCGAGUGGACAGACGAGAGCGAAAUGAAGCGCAGCAUUGCAUUUGCGAUCAGAAACUCGGUCGGCGUUCGCGUGGGCAUAUUCACUCCUGACCAGGCAUUCGAGGAGACCGUAAGGACGCAGGUGGUGAAACUUAAAGAUCCGGUGUUUGUCAUUUUAGACAUGGCGCUCGCCGAAACAGUACACGCCCUGCGCAAGUGCUCAGAGGAAGCCACUCUCCUGAGGCAGGUUGCGGUUUCGGGUGGUGUCUUGAACCCCGCAUACUUUAAGGUUCUAGUCAGCACUUAUGUUUAUCUCUCGUCAUCGACCUUCGAUCAUUGUUCAUCCUUAUGUGUUUUAGACAAAAUCGUGUUUAACGAGUUUCCGCGCCUGCGCGAGGUAGUUGAAUCGGAGGUCAGUGGUCAUCUCACGCGACAGGCAGACCAGACCAGACAAGAACUGAACCAGCUUUUCGAUUAUGAACUGGCGUACAUCAAUUCGAAUCAUGACGACUUUGUGGGAUUUCACGCAGCGGAGAUAAAUGUUCUUUUCCGGCGUCGCCAGGUCGGGUCCGAGGUGGUCAAGGAGGGCUACUUGACGCUUUCGACAGGUGUGUUGACGUUGGACCGACGCUACUGGUUCGAGUUAACCCCGAACAACAUUGUUUGGUACUUGAACGAAACGAAGGCCGAUCGCCGGUAUGUUUUGCCGAUCGACGAAUACUUGAAGCUGAAGGAUAGCCGACGAGCGAACAGGGUUAUUAUUUUUCAUUCUCAGGGCAAGAACAUUUUUAAGGACUCAUCCCAUAUCGAACUUUGUGCCAGUUCGAUCGACGAGGCUACCAGCUGGAAGCAGAAGAUGAUCGAUGUCGGCAUUUUCGAGGUAAACGGUGAAAAAAUUCGUAUCGACCGGCCGUACGAUACCGGCGACCCUCAUUUAGAGCGCCAGGUGGAGGUGAUAUGGCUUUUGCUGGACUCAUACAUGAAGAUCGUCACCAACAACAUGCUGAACAUGGUGCCAAAAAUCAUCCCAACUCGUUUUACGUCAUGGAACGAUUCCUCUUGGUUGAUGAACGGAACCAUUUCGGCACUGUCCAUCAACGACAUCAUAUCUGAGACUGAACGGGCGUUAAGACGUCAGUAAAC